CAUUAACGCGCAAAUGUCAAAGUCCAGAGUCCAGCCGAGACGUCCUCCUGGUUUUUGACAUUCCUCCUUCGGUUCUGUGUGCUUCAGGAAGAUGGAGAAGAUCACCGACCACCUCUGUAGGUACAAAAACUACAACUUUGGCAUCGGCCUCACUACUCCAGAGCACAUCGAGUCCCUGCAGAGCUUUGAAAUCCGAGAUAGUGACGUCUUCCUCGUCACUUAUCCAAAGUCAGGAACCAUAUGGACUCAACAGAUCAUCAUAUCCAUCUGCGAGUCGGACGGGGCUCUGCAGGAAUAUCCAAACAACCUGGAGCAGAUGCCGUGGCUGGAGUACACGGAGGGGAGAGCGGAUUACGCACUGCGACCCUCCCCCCGGCUCUUCUCCUCUCACCUCACCCCGGCUCUCAUGCCCCCGGGCCUGAGGGGCAAAAAGGCCAAAAUGAUCUACGUGAUGCGGAAUCCAAAGGACAACAUCGUCUCCUAUUUCCACUUCAGCAGCAACUGUGGCGACCUGGAGACCCCCAAGAGCUUCGAGGACUUCUUUGAGCAGUAUCUGAUAGGAAAUGUUGGAGCAUCAUCCUGGUUUGACCACAUACGGGACUGGCAUUCGGCCAGAGACCAGUACAACAUCCUCUUCCUCACCUACGAGGACAUGGUUCUAGACCUCAAGGGGGCAGUGAUCAAGAUCUGCAACUUCUUGGGGAAAAACCUGAGUGAAGCAGCCAUUGAGCACGUUGUGGAAAAAGCCACGUUCAACACCAUGAAGAAAGACUCAAAAGCCAACUACAAGUUUUUGCCAAAAGAAAAGGUGAAGAAAGACUUCAUGCGCAAAGGUAAGAUCGGCGACUGGAAGAACAUCUUCACCGCCGCUCAGAGCGAGCGAAUCGAUCGCCUGAUGCACGAGAGACUCGGAGACACGUCUCUGGAGUUCAUCUGGGAGACCAAUGUCUGCGCAUCGAAAAAUACAACAAUGUAGUCAAAUAAAAAUAAGUACACACAAAGUAUGUGUUGAAAUAUUC